AUGGAAAAUGGGAGAGCUCAUACUUUAACAGUCUUGUUCAUCCUCACGUGUGCGCUGGGCUACGUAACCUUGCUUGAGGAAACACCACAAGACACAGCCUACAACACCAAGAGAGGAAUUGUUGCCAGUAUCUUGGUGUUCUUAUGUUUUGGAGUUACACAAGCUAAAGAUGGACCAUUCUCAAGACCUCAUCCAGCUUACUGGAGGUUUUGGCUCUGUGUCAGCGUUGUGUAUGAGCUCUUCCUCAUCUUCAUACUCUUCCAGACUGUACAGGAUGGCAGGAAGUUCAUGAAGUACAUUGAUCCACACUUAGGUGUUCCUCUGCCAGAAAGAGACUAUGGUGGCAACUGCCUUCUUUAUGAUCCUGGCAAUGGGAGUGAUCCCUUCCACAACAUCUGGGACAAACUGGAUGGAUUUGUUCCUGCUCACUUUUUUGGCUGGUACCUGAAGACAUUGAUGAUCCGAGACUGGUGGAUGUGCAUGAUCAUCAGUGUCAUGUUUGAGUUCCUGGAGUACAGCCUGGAGCACCAGCUGCCAAACUUCAGUGAAUGCUGGUGGGAUCACUGGAUAAUGGAUGUGAUCUUGUGUAACGGGUUGGGAAUUUACUGUGGGAUGAAGACUCUGUCUUGGCUCUCUUUGAAAACAUACAAAUGGCAAGGACUUUGGAACAUUCCUACAUACAAAGGUAAAAUGAAGAGGAUUGUCUUCCAGUUCACCCCAUACAGCUGGGUCAAGUUUGAGUGGAAGCCGGCGUCCAGCCUGCGCCGGUGGCUGGCGGUGUGUGGCAUCAUCUUCGUGUUUUUAUUGGCAGAGCUGAACACGUUUUACUUGAAGUUUGUCCUCUGGAUGCCACCAGAACACUACCUGGUCCUGCUACGCCUGGUCUUUUUUGUCAACGUGGGAGGUGUGGCCAUGAGGGAGAUCUACGACUUCAUGGACGACCCGAGGUUCCAUAAGAAGCUGGGGCAGCAGGCAUGGCUGGUGGCUGCCAUCACUGCCACGGAGUUCCUGAUCGUGGUGAAGUACGAUCCCCACACACUCACCCUUUCCCUUCCCUUCUACAUCACCCAGUGCUGGAUCCUGGGAAUCAUCCUGGUGCUCACCUGGACAGCCUGGCGCUUCUUCAUCCGGGACAUCACUCUGCGCUACAAGGAGAUCCGGCGGCAGAAGCAGGAGCACAAGCACGAGAAGGACAAAUGCCUGAGCAAUGGUGAUGGACACUCCUCAGUGCUGGAGGAACAAAACAGGAACAAACUGAGGGAAAAGAAACUUUGAGCAACAGACAAAGGGCUAAAAGGAACUGAUAGUGCUCAAGUCGGCCUGGUGGACAGUUCCAACCUUACCCUACCUAACUUGUAACUUUCAUUGUUAGCUUUCCAACGCGGGAGAGCCCCCUGGGGGAAAAGGGGUCGUUCUGACACACACACCCUUCCUCCUCCUGUCCCAGUGAGAGCUGGAGGAAGGCUGUGUAGAGGGAAGUCAGAGCCACCUCCCUUGCAACGAGAUGGGCUCUUCGUUCAGACGUGUUGUUUGUCUUCCUUGAAACCAGGUUUGGAGACAAGGGGCUUUAAAACAAAGUGCAAAGGAAACCUAGCUGAUCUAUUUCCAGUAAACUGUGAGAUUU